UUAUUACAGGUUCAAAAAGCCCGACCAGUUUUUCAAGAGUUUCUUCUUUUUUUCCCCCUCUGGAACUCACAGCACUUGGGCUCUGCUUUCAAGAUGCAUUGAGACCGCCUGCUUUGUGACUGCUUUGGAGCCGGCAAGUUCCCUGACAUGUAUAAUUCGCAUUGUGCAGGUUUCACGAUCUCAAGUUUCCACUGAAUGGUAACAAAGACUGGAGUGUUGUUGGUACUGCAGUGAGAGGCAUGCUCCGGUAGACCAGGUAAUCUUUCAUUUGUUGCAUUUCCAGUUUCCAGCACCAACUCACCAACAAAGAUUUUACCAAAAACUCUAGGACCAAUAAAUGUGAAUGUUGGACCCCAAAUGAUUAUAAGCACACCACAGAGACUAGCCAGUUCAGGAAGUGUUCUGAUUGGGCAUCCAUACACCCCUGCCCCAGCCAUGGUCACUCAGACACACAUCGCUGAAGCUACUGGCUGGGUCCCCAGUGAUAGGAAACGGGCUAGAGAAUUUAUCGACUCUGAUUUUUCAGAAAGUAAACGGAGCAAAAAAGGAGAUAAAAAUGGAAAAGGCUUGAGACAUUUUUCUAUGAAAGUAUGUGAGAAAGUUCAGCGGAAAGGUACAACGUCAUACAAUGAGGUAGCUGACGAACUGGUGUCAGAGUUCACCAACUCAAAUAACCAUUUGGCAGCUGAUUCGCAGGCUUAUGAUCAGAAAAACAUCAGGCGAAGAGUGUACGAUGCUUUAAAUGUAUUAAUGGCAAUGAACAUCAUUUCAAAAGAAAAAAAAGAAAUCAAGUGGCUUGGCCUGCCCACCAACUCUGCCCAGGAGUGUCAGAAUCUGGAGAUAGAGAAGCAGAGGCGAAUAGAGCGGAUCAAGCAGAAGCGGGCCCAGCUGCAAGAGCUGCUCCUCCAGCAAAUCGCUUUCAAAAACCUGGUGCAAAGAAAUCGGCGCAACGAACAACAGAACCAGGGCCCUCCGGCUCAAAAUUCCACCAUUCAGCUGCCAUUCAUAAUCAUCAACACAAGCCGGAAGACCGUCAUAGACUGCAGCAUCUCCAGUGACAAGUUUGAAUACCUCUUUAAUUUUGACAACACCUUUGAGAUUCACGAUGACAUAGAAGUGCUGAAGCGGAUGGGCAUGUCCUUCGGCCUGGAGUCCGGCAAAUGCUCCCUGGAGGACCUGAAACUUGCAAAAUCUCUGGUGCCGAAGGCUCUAGAAGGCUAUGUCACAGACAUCUCCACAGGCCCUUCUUGGGUAAAUCAGGGACUGCUGCUGAACUCCACCCAGUCUGUGUCCACUCUAGACCUGACCCCUGGGGCCACCUUACCACAGUCAAGUGUGAGCCAGGUCUUGUGCUUGGACGCCGAAGUGGCCUUGGCAACUGGGCAGCUGCUGGGCCCCCACAGUCACCAGUCCAACAGCGCUGCCUCUCACUGCUCCGAGUCCCGAGGGGAGACCCCCUGCUCAUUCAAUGAUGAUGAUGAUGAAGACGACGAGGAAGACUCCUCCUCACCUGAAUAAAGGCAGAAGAGCCUGGGCUUUGACCUGCGACGCUCCUGUGUGUGUUUUCAGUGUGAGCUCCUAUUUUUUAAGAUGAUUGCUUCAGCCUUUGCCUUUGUUUGCACCGUGUGUGCGGCUACAACUCAAGAAACACCAUAAGUGAAUCACACCAAGGCCAGGAUGAUGGAACAGCGUGACUGACGGCUAGGUCUGCAACCCACAGCCCAAAGCGAUGACUGUCGGCACAGGCAGGCCACCCAUGCAGGGGCAGACCCUGCAGAACUGGCUGGUGUAGUGAGCACCUGACUUCAGGGAGGGACUUUUUUAUGCCCCCUCUCCGACUCCUGGCCUUGGGAAUCAUUCUCCGAGCUGAGCUGCUCCUGGGAGCCAUUGCUGCCACCUCUUUUUUUUUUUUUUUUUUUUUGCUUCUUUCUCCAUGACCCACCCACAGCAGAAGGGCUGGGGGUGGUUCCGGCUGGGGUGCAGACAACAGUCCCCGUGGCCUCAGGCACACAGGUUUGACUGCUGGGCUGGGGAGAAUCUUGUUGAGGUGCUUCACACCUCUGCAGCCUUAGAACAGCUUCUAGAACGGAGUGCGUGCUGCUGCUUCAGUACUUACGUGACAUUUAGCAUAAUUUAUAGUGGGAGCAAUUGACCAUGAUUAGCCAAUGCGUUGGUGCAUAGAGUUGAACUAGGGCUACUUCUGCAGCCAAAAUAGGACUAGAAUCUCCAUGUGUAUUACAUACUGCCAGACUGCCUUCUGCCAGCAUUCUGAAGCCAGAGUUUGCCGGGGCGAGAAGCCCUCUCUGUGGUUUUCAGUCAGAGCUGUUCCGCUCCUACAAACGCUUCAUUUAAGACAAAACUAAAGAAACACAUCCAUGAGCGGAUCGCUUGCCUGUGGUCCCCUGCAGUAACUGUGAGGUUUCAGCCAGUGUGCAGUUUGUGAGAAUGAACAAAAUGUCAUUACCUUUGUCUUAAAGUCAAUUUCAAGAAUAUGAACAGCCAUGUUUUCUUGUACAUGUGACUUUCUCCCCCUAGCCCCCCCCCCAUGUCAUUCAUCGCAGUGCUCUUACUAGAUUCAGUCCUGGUUAAAUUGCAUUGGGAAGCCACCUGGUGUUUGGGCGAAUAAUGCUGAGCCCUCUGGGGCACUGGCAGGGAGGUAGUGUGAGUGAGGCAAAGUGUGCUGUUAGCCAAAGACACCAAGGGGUACUGGUGUUGCUGUGCUCCUGGCUCCCUGCUCGGCCUAGCAGAGGGAUGUGGGGAAGGCUGCUGCCAGGUCCUGGUGCAGACACGACUUCAUGUGAAUGCCUUGGGAAGGGGCAGCCGAUGGUGGGAAGAUGACCUCUCAGACUUGAACUGGAGUCAGGGAUUUCCUGGAGAUGGUGUGGGUGUGUACAUGGGCCCAGCACCAAGCUUGACGCAGAUGGGCUCUUGCCUGAAAGCCAGGGGUGAGCGUAGACUCUACCCCUGCUGUAUCUUUCUGGAGUUCUGCCAUUGUACCCCCAGGGAUGUGCAGGUGGGAGCUGGUAAUGUUCUGUAUUGAGGCUGUGUACACUUAACUGGCACGCUGGAGACAAAAUUUCAUUCUGGUGGAAAGGAGGCUUAGUGCAGACUCAGUGUCCAUGCGCAGCCUGGAGGAGGGCAGCUGCAGUCAGUGGCCCGUCUAGGCUGGGAUUUCCAGCCUACCCCAGCACCAUCUGCAGCACUGGGCCGCCUGGCAACCGACUGCUUCUGACUGCUGCGUUCUAGCCCAGCACGAUGCCACUAACCGCAGGCUUUCCCAUCCCCAUGCUUACCGGGGUCCAAGAGCCACAGUGUCGUUUGUCCUUUUCCUGGCCAUGAAACAUUGAGCUGUGACCCUGUUUCUGAACUGUGAGGCCCUUGGGGCAAUAGCUGUAAUGAUACUACCACAUGGGCGCGCGCACACAGCACUGGCAGAGCUCUUACUGGGGUUCUCAGGGGGUACCCUCUGUCUCUGUCAAUUAGCUCAGCUGCUGAAGUGCAGCAGCAUGGCACCCAGCAUGGGCAUCUGGUCAGGGCCACCAGAAGCUUGCAGCUCAGGGGUUCCACCCCCCGUGCAAGUGCUCACACACUGCACCUCCACCCUUAGGGUUAUGAGGGGGCUGCCAGCAAGGAAACCCCACCUGGUGCAAACCCCAGGGAAGGUUUAGAGAGGCGGAUCCGUGCUGGUAUCAGCUCCCAGGGCUCAUGGUCCUUGCCUUGGACGAAGCUACGGUCAGCAGCACAUCCAGAUCCCUGUGCUUUCCAAACCACCCACUCGGCCUCCUGCCUGCCCAGCGCCCUUGUGGUACCACUGCCUGUCCUGACCACACGUGACUAGAGGGACCUGUCUGCGUUUUCAGGGGCCCUUUAAAUACCUGACUCCCUCCCUUCCUGGCAAAACAGCCUGUCCAUGUGCAACAAGUCUGUGACACAGACCGUAGAUCUGGGCUGCCUUCCCAGAGAGCAUUGAGUAGGCAGGGUGUGCACCACAGGUGCAAACACCGCCUGCCUGAGUGAGUGCUAUGAAGCCUGCCAGGGCUGGGGCUGUGCAUUGGGUAGAACAGUGAGGGGCGCGCCCUUGUCCAACUCACCUGGAGAAACAGGUGCUCUGCAAUGGCAUUUCGGUUGCCCCAAGUUGUGGGAAUUGCCAGUGUGAAGGGGCAUGGGGCAAAGCUGCUUUGGUCUGUGAAGGUCCUAUGACCUUGGGUCUUGGCUUGGUGCAAAGACAGUCUAAAAAGGCCAGUCUGUCCCUUAUAAUUGUGCCGGAAAUUGCUGCCAAGUCCCUGGAGCCCACUGUUGCAGGGGCAGGUGUUGAUUUUGAAGUCUGUUAAAGAGUUUUGAAGAUUUGAAAACACCAAGCUUGGUUACUAGCAAGACUCCAAUAAACCCUGUCAGUUCUCAUGGUUCAUUUCAUUGCCUUGUCAAGCUUACACAGCAAUACUGUAAGCUGUGAAUGGUGUUUUUAUUUAACUUCUAGGUUCCUGGCUAAGGGUCCGGUUUGGCUCUAGUCAAAGAUAGUCAACAUUUGAGCUAGCUUGAGUGAAGCUAAGGAAACAGCUACCCAAGUAGUUCUAGCAUUCUGCACCACUGCACCCCAGGUACUGAGGACUGUGAAGGUGAACCUUUUCAAACCCACAGUGCUAUCCAGGAGCCUGACCACAUGGGCAGUGACGCUCAAAAAUACAUCUCCCAGCACCACAGUAUUCCCCAUGCUUGCACUCAAGCCAAAUGCUGACCCACACAAGGGCACCCUGUGUGGGUGGGUGUUGCUCAAGGUUUUACCUUUGAGAAAAAAUGAAUGUCCAUCCCAGCUACCGCUUUGCUCAGGAAAACAGCCCCCUUAACCAUCUUGGAGAUCCAACUUCCCGGUAUAUAUGCUAAGGGAGAAAUGGUAGACGCUAAUCUCCCCUAUUGUGGCCGUGUCUCUGGGUCCCCAACUGGGUGAAGACUUAAGUAAUGUACAGUGUUCCUCGCCACAUUCAAAUGGAAGAUGACAUGGCAUAUUGCCAUGCAUCUUAUCUCACACAAAGUGGCUUCCUGUGCUGCAUUCAGUGCCGUCCUCCCUUUGCAGCUCCAGGGCAUUGGGCUUUGGUCCUCCCUGACUAUGGCCUCCUUGGAGGCCAGCAUAGCCAAAACAGACUUGUACCCACCCCACGCCCGCCCACAUUCAUUCAAGUGUAGGGCCCAGGGCUAUGUCCCCUGGGGAAGGCCAUGUUUCUCAACCCUCCCCCCUCGCCCACCAGAGUCAACACCACUGAGGAGUGGAAUUGGGACUCCUCUCCCAUGCCCAGGCUGUGGUGUAAAUAGUGGCCUGAGACUUAAGUCCCGAGGCAGGUUUCCCCUCUGUGGAGGGAAUCCCAUACCUCUACCCCCAAGAACCACUUCCUGCCGGCUGGUCAGUGGGGGCCUCAGAGGCUGAGUGACCAGUUGACCCCUUGGGGCCAGCCUGACUGUUAACCCAGCCCGUGAAAUGCCUACUGUCGUGUGUUGCUAGGUGGUGGCCCUCUGCACACUGCAGGCAUACCUCCUGCUCACACCGGCCAUCAUCACUAACAGCCUAGUCACACUCCUCCUGUGCCAGCCAGGGCUUGGCAUAGCCUGUUGUGGAUUGGAAGCUUCUGUGAGCCCACAGAGUUCUCUUCUUCCAGUCAUGUCCAUCUCUCAGUGCCAUGAAUAAUAGCUGCCUGCUGAUCACCCAGUGACUGGCUGCCCCCAGGGGCCACAUGUCUGACCUCCUCCCAGUCCCCCUAUCACCUUCCUUGCCCUCCGGACACAGAAGGACCAUCUUUGAGCCCAUCAGUUCACUCAUAUUUUUGUUUAAAGACACUCUGUCCUGACUCUGUACAUUGAGGUUUUAUUUCCAGAAAUACAAUUCUGCUUGUUCUGCAGGUCGGUACUGAGUGUUGUAAGCCAUGUGGGAAGAAGGUACGAAGAGCCUGUUGGACUUGCCUGGCGUCUUGCAGUUCCUAAUCAAUGUGUCACAUUAUUUUGUAGAAUUUCAAACUUUAUAAAUAAGUACUAUUAUUUUUAUAUGGAAAUUUUAUAUGACAGUUUCUGUAUACUUAAUUACUCCUGGGUUUUCCAACUUUGCUUUCAGUAGAUAAGGGACAAGAACCUAACCACGCGCAGUGUUUCCAAUGUGGGGUGUUUCAGAGUACACACCCGCAGUGGGCUUUACUGGUGGUGUCAGCCUUUGCCCUAGGACUGCCAGGUACUCUGGCAGAUCAGAAGCCCUGGACAACCAUGACAUUAGCUGAGGGGUGGUUUUGUCUCUUGACAGUGUGAGCACUGUCCAGCCUGUAAAAUUAGAAGGAAAGAAAAGGCCUUAAGUGAGUCUGAGUGUAAGUUAUGCUUAAAAAAACACAAAAAUGUAUUGAACUAUUCUGUGAUUUGAAGGAGAUGUACUUUAGAGAAGAGUAAAGGAUUUAAAAUAA